GUGUAGGAGGAUGGCAGAGAUCAUCCGAACGCAAUGCAGAACGGGACACUGAGUCUUGAAAACAGCUCACGGAAUCAUAUUUUCUGAUUUUUUCCAGAACUCUAUAUUACAUCUGGAGACGGAAAAACGUUUUUAAUAUGCGGAGAAAGCUGUGUCACGAUGAGUGCGAUUUAAAGAAGCUUUAGGGUGUGUUUUUUUUUGGGUACCUGUGAUUCGGUGGUCUGUGAGUCGCGUUUUGAUGACGUAAGACGCAAGGGGCGGGGCUGUUACGUUUGAACCGAACGCGCGACACGGAAGAUGUUUCUGUGGGCUGAAACAAAACAGGAAAAAAUGCCAAAUCAGUUUGAAUAAAGUCAUUUUUUUAACAUAAGGAUCUAUAAACGCGUGUUUUGGCUGCUCCAUCAUGCCUAUCCGAGCUUACUGCACCAUCUGCUCUGAUUUCUUUGACCACUCCAGUGAUGUAGCAGCGAUCCACUGUGGUCACACCUUCCACGCGGCAUGUCUUCUUCAGUGGUUCCAGUCAGCUCCCACGAAGACCUGUCCCCAGUGCAGGAAGCAGGUCAGCACGAGACACAUCAUCAGCAAGCUGUUCUUCGAUGUAGCACCAGACGAAGAGGGAUCCGCAGCCGACCCCGAGAGCUUACAGAACGAGUUGGCCAGAAUGAAAGUCAUGUUAUGUGAAAAAGAGAGAGACUGGAGAGACAAACAGAAAGCAGCCGAGGCUCUGAAGGAGACGAUCGAGAAGCAGAGAGCCGACCUGGACCGAGUGAGGAGAGAGCUCGGAGAGAAGGAGAUGCUGUGUACUGCACUGAGAAAGCAGAUGCAGUAUUUGGAGAGUCAGCAGAGAGAAAGCGAGGCGGCCAGAGAGGAGGCAAAGAGGCUGCGGGUCAAAAUGAAAACCUACGAAAGCCUGGACGUGGUGCUGCAGGGUCAGAGGGCCGAGGUGGAGGCUAUGAUCUCGGACAUGGGGGCGGGGCAGUCGGCUGUGGAACAGCUCUCCAUCUACUGCAUCUCUCUCAAAAAAGAGUACGACAGUCUGAAAGGCAGUUUCCAGACCUCCACCGAGAUGUGUGAGAAGCUGAAGAGGGAACUGUUGUCCUCGAAUAACAAGUUGCAGAAAGUCACAGUUGAGAUGAACCGAGCAAAGGAGGACAUGAAGGCUCUCCAGAACGACCUCAACAACUCCGAUAAAGAGAUCACGAGUCUGAAGAAAAAAGUGGAGAUCCUGCAGAAGACCCUGAGCACCCCCACACGCACCAACGAAGCCAUCAGCCGCCUGGUGUUCGAGAGCCCCGCCCCUGUCGAGCUCAAGACCCCGCGCCUGCACCAGCCCUUAGACAGCCAGGACAUCGACCUCAACAUGACCUUUGACAUCAGCACGCCUGAGCAGGUGGAGAAGAAGCCCGUGGCCGUUCCCUCGAAGAAGAUGCGCCUGUACCCGGCCGAGGCGUCGUCCAAACACUGCGAGAACACGUCCAGGAGUCAGAUCUCACACCUGAAAAACAGUGAGGUUGCCAUGGAGCCCAUGUUCAGGAACUCCCUGCUGUUCAGGAAGAAGAUGUUCGGCAGCAUGCUCGACCCGCACAGCAAACCUGGAGCUGUAAGAACGGGCUACGAUGGACUCGGAGGAAGGACCAAGUUCAUCCAGCCGUCCCCGCUGGCUGAGAUCCGGCCGCUUGUCAUGAAGGCGAAGAGGAAGAAAGUAUCGAGGCCAGCGCCGAGCAAACUGACCCCCAACCUCGCCACACUGGACGGAUUCCUGGAGUGACCUCUGACCUUUCGGGACGCUCCUUUCUCUCUAAUGUGGGGUCAUGAACAGUGUGAUCAGAGAGAGAUGGAACUCAUCAUCUGACGUCUUGCAUGACCUUCAUCAGCACCAGGAAGCUGAGAAACACGAGCAGGUCGUUCAGGCUUGUAUCCCUUCAAAUGGAUUGGCUUGUAAAUUUUAUUUUAUUUUUAUCUGGGACCCACCAUUAAAACUAACUCCAUUGCUGACUGGAGAGGUUUUUUUGUUUGUUUGUUUAUUUUAAACAUGACCUAUGUAAUUUUUUUUCUUGUUUAUAAUUGUAUAAAUGUCAGUCAGUUCUUUUCUUUGUGUAUUUUUCUGGUCGCUGUUGAAGGUGUGGACUCUUGUAUGUAUAUAAUUGUGUUGUAGUUAUUCCAGUUGCAGAGUGAGACUUAAUAAACAAGUUUAUUUGC